AUGAGUGCCUUUGCGUCAACUUCCCAACAAGGAGAUCUCAGCCAAAUUCUUCGCGGAUUCACGGCCGGAGGCGUCGCCGCCGCUGUCUCCAAGACCACAGUAGCCCCAAUCGACAGAGUCAAGCUGUUACUUCAGUUGCAACACCGAGCCCAACUCAAACAACAUGGAGGUCUUGUUCAGGCCGAGUAUAAGGGAAUCACCGAUUGUUUCAAAAAAUUGUGCGCCGAACAAGGGGUGAUGUCACUGUGGAGGGGGAACUGUGCAUCAGUCGCGAGGUGCUUCCCAACGCAUGCAUUGAACUUCGUACUGAGGGAUUAUUAUCGAAUGCUGUUUUUGAACGGAGUCAACAAGAAAACGCAUUACGGGAGAUUUGUCGUCGGUGAGUGCUGUCGUCGUUGACAGGGAUCGUGCUCGAGGGCCUUAUAUUUUGAUGAAACUUGACUGGAAUUUUGAGAAAAAUCUGCCAAAAACUGGAUUAUUUUCGAAGUGAAGAGUUCAAAAUUUCCACAUUUUUUUGUCGCUAGGUACUCCUCGUUUUCCUUCUCUCACCAAAAAAUUUUCUUUUCGAUAUCACUUACAAAGCAGGGGCUGGCAUUUUUGCUGAUUGAAUUUUAGCCUAACAAAAUAACUUAUGCAAAAUUCGAAGCAUAUCGGAUUAUCUUACCUUGAGAACGUUUUAAUUGCAUAUUUAAAUUUAAAACCAGUAACUGUACGAUUCUUUUAGGCAACAUUCUAUCCGGAGGAGUGGGAGCAGCCACAGCCCUCUGUUUCGUCUACCCAUUGGAUCUAGCACGAACCAAACUCGCAGUCGAACUGAAAAAAGAUGGAUCCAAGAAAUUCACGGGGAUUUAUGAUUGCCUGAAGUCGAUCGCGAUCAAAGACGGCCUCUCGGGAGUCUACCGAGGCUUCUUCUGCUCUCUCCAAUUUGUUGUAAUUUCUCGCGCCGUCUUUUUUGGAAUGUUUGAUACCCUGCGGGGAUCCGUGGUGGAGGAUCCCAAGACUCUCAGCUUCUUCACCAUGUGGUUCAUGGCACAGGUAAGAAUUCUUUUGCAAUUUUUGAGUACUAUUGGUAUAAAUAGUAACUAAAUUUUAUUUUUAGACUUGCGUCGUCACCUCGGCCUUCCUGACAUACCCAAUCGACACAAUCCGACGGAAUAUGAUGCUGGAUUCUGGGAAAUCGACCAAAACUUUUGCAAAUUCGGUCGAUUGUUUUAUUAAAACAACGCAACAGAAUGGCUUCAGAAGUCUCUACAAAGGAGCCCUCAGUAAUUCUUUGAAGUCAUUUUCCGGCGCUCUGAUGGUCGCUCUUUACUACGAAGCCAGCAAAUACAUGUAG